AUGACUUCGACAGCCUACAGCCACCAUUUCUCCAUCCAAAACCUUCCCUACGGGGUCGCUUCCUCCCCCGCCCACGCCCCGCAAUGCGCCACCCGUCUGAACAAUACGGUCAUCUUUCUCGGCGCCCUUCAGAACGUCGCAUUUUUCGGCAGCGUCUCCGAUCUUCCUAAUAAUGUCUUCUCGGAAAACACGCUAAACGCCUUCGCUGCGCUUCCGGCCUCUGUCCAUGAGGCUGUUCGUAAUCACCUCCAAUCCGCUCUACAGUCCGGCACCAACUCCCUCCCGUCAAACACAACAGCAGAGGUCACGGUGGUUACUUUGCACCUCCCCGUCUCAAUUGGCGCAUUCACUGACUUCUCCUGCUCCCUAAACCACGUCCGCAACGCCGGUCGCGCAAUCCUAAACGACCCCUCUCCACCCCCGGGCUUCUUCCACUUCCCAAUCGGCUACGCCGGGCGUGCCUCGACCAUCGUUGUCUCAGGGACCCCCAUCACCCGCCCAAAUGGCCACUUCUACGACCGCACGAACCCAACCCCAAAGACGGUAAUCUAUGGGCCCUCUCGCGCACUUGAUUACGAGAUGGAGCUUGGCGUCGUUAUUGGACGUCCGCUUGGGCCCGGAAAGGGCGUUAAUGCGAAGGAUGCCGAGGGGCAUGUUUUUGGGUUUGUGGUGCUUAAUGAUUGGAGCGCCCGCGACAUUCAAGGCCUCGAAAUGAUCCCGCUUGGUCCCCUAAACGGCAAAGCCUUCAAAACAACCAUCUCCCCAUGGAUUGUAACAGUCGAAGCCCUAACGCCCUUCAAGGCCGCGGGCCCGAAACCCCAGUCCUCGCUUCCCGAACACCUACAGGAAGAAGAAAACUUCAACUACGACAUCACCAUGAGCGUCGAAAUCCUGCACAACACCAGCGACCCUGCCGCACACUCAACAACAAUCGCAACCUCUGCGGCGAAAUCGCUCUUCUGGUCCCACCGCCAAAUGGCCGCGCACCUCGCGAGCUCCGGCUGUGAUCUGCGGACGGGAGAUAUCCUGGGCACGGGGACGGUUAGUGGUGAGGAGGACGGGUCGUAUGGGUGUCUUUUGGAGAGUACGAAAGGUGGUAAGGAGAGUGUUAAGCUUGCUGGUGGGGCCGGGGAGAGGGUUUAUCUUCUUGAUGGGGACGUUAUUCGGAUGAGUGCUUUUGUCGGGUCCGAGGGGAGUGGGUUGGGCUUCGGGGAGUGUGUGGGGGAGGUUAGGGCGGCGAGGUGA